AUGAACCUCACGGCUCGUCGGCAGUCGAAGUCUCAAUCACCGAAAACGGACUCGAAAGCAGCGACACCAAAAAGCCAGAAAAGCAACUCUCCGCGACAAUCCAAUGCAAACCGCAAGAAAUCCUCGGAGAUAGCUGAUACAAAGGCGAAACGGGUACGCACGGGCUGCUUGACAUGUCGCGAAAGACACUUGAAGUGUGACGAGGCCCUGGGACGAUGUCUCAACUGUCGGAAGUCCGACAGAAUAUGCAGACGAGGGAUUCGCUUGAAUUUUAUCGACAUCCAGACUCAUGCUCCUCCGCAUGUCAUUGCUCGCCCUCGUGGCGCAAAGGUGACAUUUCGAGAUGAUUCGCGCUUUAUUGCAUCCGAAUACGUUGGGGGCUUCGAGAGAUAUCCACCCCCACAGCCGGAAAGUCCAGUCCAGGAACGGAGGCAGCUACACCACGAGGCGUUCAAUCUAAUGGGACAUGAUCAGUUAGCGAGUCUGUUCCAAUCAGUCGCUCAUUCAUUCGACCCAUCUGCAUUUGAGUUCUCGCACUCGGUGGCAGACUUGCUGGGCGGCCCAGAUACUUGGCACGACUCCCAUUUAAUGCCCGGAGACGAAUUGCUGCCUCAUGGGGCGUCUAGAUUUGCCCGUAAAUUGGCAAUGAAGCAAUAUAAUCCCUCGUCUUUGACUGAUCCUGAACAAGUAUAUCUUUUACAAGUUUUUGUUGAAGAGGUCGGACUAUGGAUGGACUCCAUGGAUGCAACGAGACAUGUAAGAUCCCGUAUUUCUCUCCCUGUUCUUUCGUUUCCGUCUCACCAUGAAAAGUUUACACAAAUUCUACCGCUCCACGCAAUUGAUGAGCCAAUGCUGCUUAAGGCAUUCUUAGCCUGCGGCGCUCGGCAUUUAUCUUUAGUCAACCCAUCUUAUGGCACCGAAAAGGCGACAUCAUAUUAUGAUAUGGCCACACAAGACCUUAUGAAUGCUAUUCAGGAUCCAAAUCGUGACUCUGUCCUAUGUACUACAGCUGCACUUGUUCUCAGCGUUUAUGAGGUCAUAGCUCCCCAACCAGCCUUGGAAUCCAACCAUAUCUCGGGAUCACGGGCUUUACUGCGCGAAUGUGGCUGGACAGCCAAGACAUCUGGUCUCGGCGGUACGUGCUUUUGGGUGAGUGUUAUCAUGGAACUUCUGAGUUCGCUACACUUCAAAUGGUCGCUUUCCUGGAAUCCAGACAGCUGGGGAGUUGACAUGAACAUGGAUCACGCACAGCCUUUUGGAAAAGGUGAUGACCUUUGGGUGCAUCGCAGCAUCUACAUCUGCGCCAAAAUAAUGAAUUUUCGAAUCGCAAUGGAGCACCUACAGUCAUUGGGUGACUCUGCCAGUCAAGCUCAAAUAAAUGAUGCAUUACAAGAGUGGAACCUUUAUCAAUCCUGGUGCGAACAAUGGGCGAAAACUGCCCCUCGGUCAGUGAAGCCACUUGGUCAUGUUCAUCCCUGGCAAGCGGACUCCAAGUCAGCAUUUCCAUCAAUAUGGCUUCUCAAGCGACCUGCGAUUGUUUCUCAGUUGUUCUACCAUACGGCCUGCAUAUUAUUAGCCAAGGCCCAUCCUAUGAGAUCUAGAAUCGGCUUGGAGAUGAAAGAACUGCAGCAAAUACAUGCACAUGAUAUUUGUGGUAUUGCCACCAACAAUAAGGACAAGGGCGUUGUCAAUGUCUUGAUCAGAUGUCUUGCUAUUGCUGCGGAGUGCUUGGAGACCCGCGAAACGCAAAAUGAAGCACUCGGCAUAUUUGAUACCAUCGUCAAGGAUUCCAUUUGGCACGCAGAGCCAAUCCAAGACGAGUUGAAACACGUCUGGGGCUGGCAAGUCGCGCAUCCCGAAACCGUUGAUCCCACGCAGAUGCAUCAUGAUUAUUAUGGUCUAGAUCCAGCGCUGCGUAUUCAUAAUGGCCCUGAAUUUCCCCCAAGAGUAUCUAAUCCUCUUUUGACAGCGAGUGAUUUUUCGCUGGAUAAUCAUCCGUACCAGGGGUUCUAUGUGGCUCCUCAUCAUCAUACCCUACAAAACUACCAUUACGAGCCAUAUCUUAUUUGA